CCUGGAUCCCAGGCAUUGUUUGGGAUCAGCCAGGCUCUGUGCGUGGCAGAGCCCUGCGGUGCCACUUGGCAUCGUUGUGCUGGCGACCUUCAGGCAGGAGUAACGCGUAAACAAGCGAGAGCCUUGGGAUCCUUCCUCGGGGAGGGGCUCUGAGGAGCAGCAGGCUGUAAACAAACAGCUGGCUGCACACUGCCAGGGACUGCAGCAGCUAAACAUAGCCCAGGGGCUGGGCCACUGGCCUGUGCCCACACGUGGCACUGGGCACAGUGCAAAGGUGAAAUUCUCAGGGCUGCGUCAGGCAGAGCUCGCUGGAUGUGCCAAUGGGUUCUGCUGCCCAUCCCAGUGCCCUCCAAAGGGGAUCCUGCUGACCAGCCUCUCCCACUACAAACCAGCAGCAGCAAGCCUGGCAGAGGCAAAUGAUGCUCUGGUAUUUGUCCCUGUGGCAUGUGGGAGGAGCAGCGUAGCAAAGGGGAGCUGGUGACCUGUCUGCACCCUUUAAUAGGGGAAGGAAAUAGCAGGGUACAGCUGCUUCAGGCAGGAAAAUUCCUGAAUGUGUAGGAUAUUAAUAUACACUUCUGUUUCUCAGACAGGGAGAAGCUCCAGAAGCCUAAUGUAAGAAAUGGUUUGCUUAGUCAUGCUGCCUGGAGGUUCAUUAAAGUUGCAGUAUUGUGACAGUCUUGUCUUCCGAUGGCUGUGCCAUGAGUAAUACAUGACAUGGGUUUUAUGAGCAUCAGCUCUCUAAGGUCUUUAAUGUUGCUUUUUGAAUGAGGCUGAGCCCAAGGCCCUGAUUCCUUGUGGCUGCUUAAUGAUUCAGUUGUGUAUGACUGGAAGACUUCACAACGUGCUGGGGUACAGUGUCAUUAGGAAAUUAUUCACAUACAGCUUUGCUCCGGAGUGCUGGUCUGGAGGCUUGAACAAUUAGCAGAAGUGUAAUGGACAUUUGUAUUCACUCCUUGUUCUGUCAAAGCUAUUAAAUAUGCCUGCUGCAGACUGGAUUUUUUCCAUCAUUUUCCUUUCUGAUACUGACAGAAAUAAUGAAGUAAUUGCUUCUAAAUCUCUCUUAAAAGUGAAUCGUGAGAGGAAGCAGAGGAUUUUGCUUUACUGUUGCAAGACUUAGGGACAGAUUCUGCAUCCCACAUGAGCUACGAUAAUCCUCCACCGUACCCCGGCCCGGGCCCGACUGCCCCGUACCCACCCUAUGCACAGCAGCCAGGGGCUCCUCCUGGCCCCUACCCUGGCUAUCCCCCUGGGCCCUACCAGCCAGGCCAGCCAGGCUACCAAGGAUAUCCCCAGUAUGGAUGGCAGAACGCACCUCCACCACCGCCAGGACCGGUGUACGCAGAUGGGCCGAAAAACACAGGAAAAACAACGAAACCAUCAAAACUGGACCCUAGAACUGAAUGUCUUCUAGUGCCUCCAAGAGAAAUCACCCAUGUUUCUCUUCUUUUUGGGACCACUGGGCUUCUGUUCAUAGUAAUGAGGACCCUUUGUGCUGCAGGAGUGUACGUCGUGGAGGAGCGGCGGAGGGACGACACGGGCGAGAGCGCCUGCCUGACGGCGUGCUGGACCGCGCUCUGCUGCUGCUGCCUGUGGGACAUGCUGACCUGACACCGCUCACCGUGUGCUAUGCAGGCUCCCCACUCCUGUCCCGACUUCUUUCUGUUACUGUAAUCAACGCUCUGCUUUGCACAGCCAAGAGUUCCCGUCUGUCCGUCCUAGCGCCUUGUCGGGGUGGGGGGUGCACUCCUUUAUUUUAGUAAAGGAAAAAAAAUAGCCCUUUUUAACAUUUCUAAGACUUUUGUUGUAACUUUGAAGAAUGUGCUAAUGGUGUAUUUCAGCCAAAGGCAUUCUGAUGAAAUGUAUAUUUACCAGUUGAGAUUUUCCUAGCCCUAGAGACGAAGACGUACGCAAUAAUUAAAGCCAACAGUUGAUUUUCUUCACUA